AGUACUACACCUGAUCCUCAAAUCCUUAAACAAAUCAGUGGAAUCAUGUCUAAGUGUUACGAUCCUUUCUGGAAUGAAUUCUCCAACCCCAAACCAUAUUACUUAACCCUGACAACCUUGAGCCUGUCUCCAUCCUAAAAAGAGCCGUAUACCCUGCCCAGACUACCCCACUCCCUACUUGAAUCACUCCAUCAAAAUAACACAUUUUGUGCCAAAAAAAAAACCAUAAGUCAAUUUCCUUUUCAUUUCCCUAAGCUAGGGCCGAAACACACCAAGCCAAACAACCAUAUUUCAUCACCCAACAUCCCACAAACAUUGUCCCCCCCUUGUCCCCUAGUACAACCGAAAUAACAAGCACAACAAGCCAAGGGAUAUUUUUGAUUACUUUGACCUUUAAACCACCAUAAAAGCCACCCUAUAAAAGCCAUAUUUCUCACACCCCACUGUCCCCCACUAUGGCAGAAUGAAUCACUCCCCAACCACCAAAUAUUCACCUCACUAGCCAAGCCAAAAUACCCAACACAUCACCCAUCCAUUUUGCCCUCUAAUAUGGCCGAAAAUCCCCUUCCAUUCAUGAAUAUUCAUUCAUGAAUCCCUGUCCCCAUUUUCCCUGAUUUUAUUCCAUGAAAGGACUCAAGCACAUGACUGCAUUUUCUAGGAUUUGUGGAAGAAAUAGCUUAGUAUUUUCCUUUGUAUGAGUGCCUUUAAAUUUCGGCCAUAGGCCUAUUGUAAUGCUCAGAUUUUUAUUCUUCAUUUCAAGAUAGAAAUACACUGGUUGUAUUCUGUUUUCAAAUCCUAAUUUCUAUAUCUUAAGGUUGGUUUCCUUAAGUGUGAGUGUUAGGUUCUAGUUAUUUAAUUGAGUGUGUAAUAUCUUAAUUAAAUUCUAGACUCAAACCCCAAGUGAGGAUAAGAGUGUGUUAUAUCUCUUAAAACCUACUUGGUUUUUAUCCCUUUCCCCUCUUAUUUUCCCUUCCAAAAUUUCGGCCCUCCUAAGAAGCACAACCCAAUAUCCCCCUUUUUCUCCCCUAUUCUUAUGCCUUUAAACCAUCUUAAAAAUCAACCCUUCAUCCUCCUCCAUAUACUCGACCAGUCCACUCCCCUCCCUUUCCAAACCCAAGCUUAAAUAUAUCAUUUGGUAUCAAAGCUUGUUGUUGAACAUCUCUUGAGGCCAUACAACACACUUCCAACUCUGUUCCUUUCUUCUUUCAUUUCUCGGCCUAAACUGCUGCCAUAACUCUCUCCUUGCACUCUCUUCAAUAUGUCAAACACUUCACCAAGCAUCACCAAUGAAGAGCUCUGGGUUUCUAAUACUGAGCUCAAAGCCCAAGUAGAGUACUUGGCAAAACAGGUUGCUCAACUCACUAAGUUAAAAAUGAACGUGGUGAACGCUCUGGAAGAAAGUGAUGAAGAAAAGGAAGAAGUUCGACUAGAAGCUGAUUUUAGUCACACUACUGGAGGAACUGCACAAGAAAAGGGAGCUACUGAUUUUAAGAUAAGAAAGUCAAGAUUGUGGCGUUGAAGUUCCGAAAGUAUACGUCCACUUGGUGGUCCAAUCUUUCCACCAAAAGAAGGCGUGAAAACAAGGCUCCGGUUAAAACUUGGUUCAAAAUGCGGAGCUUGUUGAAGAAGAAGUUCUUGCCCGAACAAUACGUACGAGACAACUUUGCUAAGCUUCAACACUUAAGGCAAGGUACCCGGUCUGUUGAGGACUAUACCCGGGAGUUUGAAGAACUUUUGAUGAGGUGUGACCUCCAAGAAGAUGACUCACAAACGUUGGUCCGUUAUUUGUUUGGGCUUAACACACAAAUCGCCAACGUGGUGGAGUUACAAGCCUACGACACCUUUGAAGAACUUUCCAAACUAGCUCUUAAGGUUGAGUCUCAACUUAAGAGAAGCAAAACCCCUUUUGGCCGUCCCCCUCCCUUCUCAAAAAACACACAAACUACACCCCGUACCACCCCCUAUGCCACUGCCCAAAACCCCUCCUCUAAACCCAACUCCAUCCCUUCCACUUCCAAUAAUCCGCCACCCCCAAAAACCACCCUACCCAACACCCGAG